UUCUAAACACAUUUUCCAAUCACAUAGUCGCAUGUUGUCGUUAACUCGAUCGCUCAUACGAUUCAAUGAGAGGAUCUGCUUGAAGACACUGCAUUCUUUUUCCACGACCAUCGUAAGGUGAGGCGUGCUUGCGGAUCAAGGAGGGGGCUCCUGUAAUCCCGGUCACAUUUGCUCGCGCAUGCCAAGCAGCAAACUUUUCUUCUUCCGUAGAAAUUGAGGAGAGAAUGGAAGGUGCAGUUGCGCCCAACGUUUCUUCCUCUUCAUCGGUGGGAGUUGAGGAGAGAUUGGAAGGUGCAGUGGCGUCCAACGUUUCUUCCUCUUCCUCUGUGGGAGUUGAGGAGAGAUUGGAAGGUGCAGUUGCGCCCAACGUUUCUUCCUCUUCCUCUGUGGGAGUUGGGGAGAGAUUGGAAGGUGCAAUUGCAUCCAACGUUUCUUCCUCGGUGGGAGUUGAGGAGAGAUUGGAAGGUGCAGUUGCGUCCAACGUUUCUUCCUCUUCCUCUGUGGGAGUUGAGGAGAGAUUGGAAGGUGCAGUUGCGUCCAACGUUUCUUCCUCUUCGUCUGUGGGAGUUGAGGAGAGAUUGGAAGGUGCAGUUGCGUCCAACGUUUCUUCCUCUUCCUCUGUGGGAGUUGAGGAGAGAAUGGAAGUUGCAGGUGCGUCCAUUGUCAGUCACGAUGCCGAGACACGGGGAAUGGACUCUGCACACCAGGAACCAGAGACGUCUUACGUGAGCGAGAAAGACGAGGAACCGGAGCUUCCGUCUGCUGUCCAGGACCUUAUACGGCGUCUGGAAGACACAACCGCAUAUGCACCCACCUUACAUAUACGUGAUCCAGGAUUUCUGGAGUUCUUUCCGGAGAGUGCAUCGCUCUCGACGAUCACAGGGUGGCGAAGCAAAGUGCGCCUUCGAGUGCUGGAGGCAAUCGCACUUAGAAUCGCCAGAUACUCGUAUCUGAGCCUAAAUUUUUCUUGUGAGGGAGAUAUAUCGAGGUUCACCGCUAGCGAGUGGGAGGUUCUUCUGAGAGGUUGUAACGGUCUACAAACGAUGCGGGUUGCUGCUUUGAAAUGGAGUUCAGAUGCGGAAGUGGAGAGCUUGUGCUUACAGCUGGGGAGAAUUGUAAAUUCCUCUGAAGUAAAAGAAUUGGAGAUAGAAGAUUUAGAUUGCAAGAUGACUGCCAGAUGUUUCUUGAAUCUCGCAUCAGGACUGAGAGGAAAUUACGAUUCUAAACUCGAGUCUCUAAAGCUUACGAAUACAAGGGUGGACUCGAGUGGGAUGAAGCAUGUAGUUGACAUGAUCAACGGUGCUCCUCUAUUAAAGACAUUGCACUUAGGCGGCCAAAAGUGCGACGUGAACGACGAAUAUGAGGAGACCGUUGGAAUGCUGGACGACAUGGAUGAGGAGACCGUUGGAAUGCUGUCCCAGGCUUUGAUCCGAAGCUCGUCUUUGAAAGAAUUGCGCUUGAGUGACGUGAAGUGGGGAGCGGCCUUGUCGCUGAAAGCUUUGGCCGGAGAUGAUGGCAACCGAUCCAUUGAAAUUCUUCGCCUGGAUUAUAUGGAUAUACUCGGAGACUGUUUGAGGCAACUUCUUACUUCCGACGCAUCAUUGAAGGCAGUAAACUUGUGUUCCAUACGGAUGAGUUAUGAGGAAUGGCACCAGCUAGGCGAAUUCAUACGUGACAAUGCUAUAGCAAAACGCAUUUUUGUAUCAUUUGAAUUAGAGCACAAUGCUAGAGAUAACUGGAGGUCAAUAGAAGCUCUUGCGUGUGCUGCUAGCUCCCAUGUCAAGGAGCCCAUGAGCUUUUGGCUGGUUGCUCAUAGUGAUCAUGACUUUUUGUUAUCACUAAACCUAUUAGUUCGGGUACUGCGCGGUGAAAUCAAAUCCUUUACAUCUUUCGGUAUAUCGGGCCUACCUCUUGUCACUUUAGAUAGCAACCAAGAUAGAAUUGGAAGAAUCCUGUCCAUGAAUGGAAAAACUGGAGAAACUUCAGUCCUGCAGAAACUGAUGAUCUUUCGAAACGAGAAUCUUUCGAAGGGAGCGUGGAAGAAACUGCUUGGAUGCUUGCUUGGGUGCUUGCGAGGGAACACAAGUCUCACUCACUUGGCUUUGCAUAACUCCAAACUCGACGAAGAUGCCUUCAGGGCCCUGAUUGGGUACUUGCGAGGGAACACAAGUAUCACUCACUUGGAUUUGAAAAGGUCCGAACUCAACGAAGAUUCCUUCAGGGACCUGAUGGGGCUACUGCAAGUUAACUUGACUCUCCAGAAAAUAGAUGUCAAAGGAACCUCAUGGGAAACCGAUGGAAAGGCGGCGCAGAUCAAAGAGGCCCUACAACAGAACCAGAUGCGGGCGGUUUACAUGUCUGUCUUCAGAGAAGCCAAAUUGGAAUUUGGAGAUGCAAAAGCUGGUCGACUCUUCUUAUGCGGUUCCCCUAGAGCAGGCAAAACUCAAUUACGUCAAACCCUCAUGAGGAUAGUACAAGGCAAAAGUUGGCUUGGAAACAAAUGGGACAAAUUGUGGAGGACUCAAGGCAUCGAAGUGGAGUUCUUGUCAAACAAUGACAAAAGCCAAAUCUCAAUCUGGGAUCUUGCAGGACAGGAGAUUUUUCGUACCCUUCAGAGUGUGCUAUUCCCUCAAACCAGCAAUUUUUGUGUUUUUCUCUUUGUGUAUAGCCAUUUUGAUGAAAAUACAUCUUCAGACAAAAAAGAUUCUUGUUUCCAAAGAGAAUUGGAGGAAUGGUUGAGAUUCAUCACAUCCAGCUCUAGGGUCACAGGACAUAAUCGUCCACAAGUUCUUGUUGUGAUUACACACAAGGAUAAAACCAGAUUCAAGUCUUUGACUUGGAUUCACCCCAUAGUGAAAGAUCUCACAGAAAGAUUUGUAAAAUUUGUGGAUCUGCAUCCUGUUCAAGAGUGUUUUCAUGUGAAUGCUCGAAAAAAGAAGCAAGUUAUUCCUCUCAAAAAUCACAUUAUUGAGAUUUUCAAGAAGUUGUUGAGUGAAAAAUCCCCACAGGUUCCUCAUCUGUGUUCUCAACUCUCUUCCCUUUUGAUUAAAAACACCAAGGAGAAUAAAAGUUGCCCUCUUUGGUCAUCCACAAAAUUUUAUGACUUCUGCGCCUCUAGCUUGACACAAUUCAUUCCAUUUUCUUCUGUUCACGCUGUUAAUCAUUCAAGGAUAAUGAAAUCAAUUUUAUCCUAUUUGAAUGAUGCAGGAUCCAUAGUUUCUAUCCCUAACCUUGAUUGCAUCAUUGUAGAUCCCAACUGGCUUACCAAUACAUUAUUGGGUGAGUUGGUAGCUCUGGGUCAAGACUUUCAAGCUGAAGAGUCUGGAUGUUCUCGCAAAACGAUGCCAAGUGACUUGUACACAAGCAUGGACGGAUUUGUGAGUGAGAGUGUCUUUGCUCGGUUGACAGAGGAGUUUGUGAGCAAGCAGCCACAUGCGGAGAAAAUUGUGGACAGAGAGGUGAUUGAAAACAUCCUUAUCAACUUAGAUUUGUGUUUCAAGCUCAAAGAUACUUCUGAGUAUUUCAUACCCUCCUUCAUACCUGAGCAUGUAAGCACGGAAGGACAGAAGCAUCAAGAAGGGGCACACGUGGAGUCCAUGGUUUGGAAAACUAGGGUUGACACCUCAAAGUUUGUCGGCAUCCGGAUUCAAUGCGAAGAUGAAAGAACAAUGUCGCUAACCGCUGCUUUUUUUCCAUGCUUCCAGAUGUUCAUGAGACGCAAGGUGAUAUUGGAGAUGCAUGUUUCCAAGGAGACUGUGAUCUGUUCUCGACAUUAUCUGCGACUUUUUCUUGAUGGGCAUGAGAUCCACGUCGAACAAGAUAGGUCCCACAGUUAUGUGGAUGUUCUGAUGUUAUGCUCAAAGUAUAAAUCAAGGGAGUGGGCCCUGAAAUACGUGAUGAAGCAUAUCGUUCAGGAGUUGAUAUCAUUUUGCGCAUCACCCAAAGGCUGUCCCGGAGUGGCAUUAGUGCUUGGUGUCAUCCAAACAAUUUGCGUGGAGAUGUUGAUUCCAAGUCAUCUGAGAGGAGCAAUUUUAAUCGAGGAUCUGAAAUCGAAAUUCAUUCGCAGCAUCAAUGACAAACUUGAGGAUAUUCCGUUGGAUAAAUCGCACUUGGAGAAGGAAGAUGAGUUGUUCAACUAUGAGCACUCUUGGCCCUUGAUAAAAGGGCACACAACACGGGUUAUAUUCGAAAGAGCUAGGGAGUUGUUGCGGGAGAGUGAUGUGGAAAUUGUUGUGAAUGAGAUCCUACAGAAUCGAUUGCAACAAUUGGAAUCAUUGCAGCAAGGUUUAAUCAGCGUGAACGAUGAUUUGGUUCAUUCUCACCCUGAAGAUGAGAACAUGGCUAGCAAUUCAAAUUUUCCUGAUAUGAAAGACUUCAAUAGAACUUCAUCCAGGUGCUUAAGUGGGGCGAGCACAAGUGUAGAAAAUCGUUCAACCCAACUUAUUUUGUCCAAGAUAGAUAUGCUAGAAGGAAAUAUGGGACGAAGGUUUGAUGGUGUGGAUGAGGGGUUGAGGUCAGUGGAGAGCAUUGUGCAGAGACUGGAUAUUAAGGUGGGACAGAUACUCUCUUUGCAACAAGAGCUUCAUUCAACGUUGAGUAUCUUCUUGUCUAAAGUGGACAGGAUCAUUCAGUAUACUCAAUCGCUUCAGCAGGCGAUAAUUCCCAAGCGACCUUAUGUUACGGAUGAUGUUGGCGUUUUCUGUAGGAUGAGUGCUCGUUUGCAUGUCGGGACAACCGUACGAUUACACUUGAUGUGUGAGUCGGUGACUGGGUUUCACAUUGUCAAAGAUCAACAAGGUUUGAAAAUACGUUUGGAUCAAGAGAAUGGAGCGUGGAUUCGAAAAACUAUUGAAAUCUCACUCAAAGUUAUGUAUUAUGUUGUGAAGGCUGGACUGGAUGUGACCCUCGGAUUAGGCCAAGCGAUUCCGGACUGGGCAGAUUUAAAAUCUGAUAUAGUUAAACUAGAUGGCAUUAGCAAUCGUGAUCGUAGGGCAGUUCUAAAAGGUGGAGAAAGCAAGGAGCUGAAAGAAGCAUGGUUGAGGAUUCAGCAAACUCUUGCGCCUAUUAACUAUUCGGCAAUCUUCAAGUUGUAUCAGGUGAAAUACGUGAGACUAGAGUUAGGUGGGCAUGCAUGGGUGUGCGAGGAGUGCAUGAAUAAAGGUCGUGGUUUAGGAAUUUGAAGAGGUUAGAAUGUCAUUAUGCAAAUGACAAGCAUAUGUUUAGAUCCUCAUGCAACAUGAACUUCUGCAAAAUCUUCCAUAGAUUUUUCACUUGUACAAGUAUUUUAAAAAUCUAUGCAAUCAUGUCAAUCGCGCAGUUAUGUUUCUGAAGAAAUCAGAAUUUGGCUAAACUAUC